UUUUCCAUGGCGGGCUUAGGAGUCUUCAGCCUCCACGUGUUCACUCUGUGUGUUCGUCUCUAAAACCGCUAAAAACAAGUGAUUUCUUGCGAUUUAACAGCCUAACUUGAAAUAUCUUAGACUAGCAGCAAUGGAGAGUUCAUUGGUAAAAGAUAACCCUCUGCUUUUACCUCUCAACAAGGAGAAAACUAUCUAUGACGGAUUCAUCACAGUACAGGAAAGAGACUUCAGAUUGAGAAUUCUACUACCACCAGAUCGCCAGUUUAAAAGGGCCAGGCUGCACUGCUGUUGGCAGUUAAAACACCUGUUGCAUGGUUAUGAGCACAUAGUGAAGCAGAGGCUGCAGCAGUCGACUGAUCUUGUCAGUUUCAUUCUGGAGCUGAAGACUGUCUUGGAAGUUUGUCUGAAGAACCGGCCUGAGUGCCGCUCCAUCCCGCCUCCACAGUAUUACUCUCAGCUCAUCUCUGAGAUGGAGACCCUUGGGUGGGGCAAGCUGCUCUUCAUCGACACCGAGUUCCGAACGUUGAGACUGAAGGCGGAGGGCUCCUCUGGAAGGCAGCACGUUCUCACUAUUAAACUCAAGUCUAAGCACCCUGCAGAGGCUCCUGAAUGCUCAGCUGACCUGCCAGUCCCUCUGGCCAUAACCUGGACACCACAGACUACUCUGGACCAGCUCCACAGCCAGUUCCUGCUGGUUCUGGAGUCCCUGACUGAGUUCUGGGAUGUCUUGGACGAGAUCGACAGUAAGACCUGGAUUCUGGAGCCGGAAAAACCCAGCCGGUCCGACACCAUGAGACGGAUCGCCAUCGGAAACAACGUAUCCAUCAAAGUGGAGGUGGAUCCCAGACACCCUAAGAUGCUGCCAGAGUGCUGCCUGCUGGGAGCCGAGCAUGUGGUGACUCCGCUGAGGAAUAAGCUGAACGCCAACAUGCACUUGUGGAACCCGGACUCCAGCGUCUUGCACAACCUCCGGGAUGUUUUGGAGAUCGAAUUCCCGUCACCUGCCACCCACGAAAAAUCUAGCUUCAGCGUUGAGUGUGGGAUCUGUUACUCCUAUCGUCUUGAAGCCGCGAUCCCUGAUCAAGUGUGUAAUGACCCUCGCUGUGGCCAGCCCUUCCACCAGGCCUGUCUGUAUGAGUGGCUGCGAGCGCUCCCCUCCAGCAGGCAGAGCUUCAACAUUGUUUUCGGAGAGUGUCCUUACUGCAGCAAGCCCAUUACUGUGAAAAUGGCAGUCCAGAAAUCCUGAGAAGUGGCUCCGUGUUCCCGUCGGCGCCAUCUCGACUUUGGGAAACAGCUUGGAAAGGCCGUGCUGAAACUAGUAGAAAUGUUUUCUUGCUCAAGAGGGUUUACAUGCUACGGCGGAGUAGAAGGGCCACAUUGAGAAAUAAGAAAUCUGAGAUUAUGAGAAUAAAGUCGUAAUUUAAUGAGAAUAAAGUCAUACUAUUUCAAGAAAAAAAGUCAUAUUACGAGAAUAAAGUCAUAACUUUACGG